ACGUGCUAAAAAAAUAUUCGCCUCAACUACAAAUUGGUGAGAUUGGUUCUGCUCAGCCUGAAGAAAAUGAAGAGGUAGCUGGAGGUGAAGGUCCAUUCGGAGAUCUCGUGCCACAUGGUGAUCCUUACUGGUAUCAAGGUUUUUAUAGCCCAUAUUAUAAUGAGUCGCACCAUCGUUGUCGUGCUGCUAUGCGCAAAUUUGUGGACGAAGAGAUCAUGCCUUACACUUUUGAAUGGGACGAAGCCAAGAAAAUUCCAAGGGAACUCUUCAUAAAAGCUGGUAAAGCUGGUAUUUUACCUGGAGUCUGUGGUGCACCUUGGCAAACAAA